UAUUGGUUGCUAGAGGCUUUUAUUUCCCUCUAAAUAGUUCUAGACAAAGCUGAAAAUCCAUCAUUAUUACAUGACUACAGCUUACAUGCCAUAGGAGGAACCAAAAUUAUCUCCAAUGGCUAAAUUGCAGAAUCUUUAUCUCUUCUCUUACAAUUGUCUUCAGUUUCUUGGAUGGACAGUUGCCCUUUUCAGAAUUUUGAGCAACUUUAUUUCCAACAAGUCAGUCACUGGUGCUUAUGCUUCUGCUGGUGAACUAAUUUGUUUGCUGCAAUGUUGUGCAUUCUUGGAAGUUAUACAUGGAGCUAUAGGGAUUGUUCCUAGUGGAAUAGUGCUUCCUCUGUUGCAAUGGAGUGGAAGAACUCAUUUUCUGCUAGCAGUUGUUCGUCAAAUUGUUGAGGUCCAGGAAUCGCCUUCAGUGUUCAUAACGUUUUUUGCUUGGAGCUUAAGUGAGGUGGUCAGAUACUCACAUUAUGCUUUGAGUUGCAUUGGAAAUCCACCCUACUUGAUCACGUACCUCAGGUACACUGCUUUCAUUCUAUUGUAUCCCGUUGGAGUAUUUCCUGGUGAAAUGUGGCUUUUGUACCAGGCACUUCCGUUCAUUAAAAGGACAAACCUAUAUGCAGAUAGUCUCCCUUUCAGUUAUUAUAAGUUUAUAAAGGUUCUGCUUCUGGUAUACCCUCUUCUAUGGCUCAAACUUUAUCUGCACUUGUUCAAGCAACGCCGAUCAAAGCUGGGUAAAUAUCAGAAGACAAAGAAAACAUGAGAGUCCAAAGUUUUGUUUUUCCUACUUUUAUUUUCAAUUGCAUAAGUAGAGGUUGGAUAAAGGAUGUAGCGUUUGACACCUUUCUUCAUAAACAGACUUUGUAGCUGUUGAAUGUCCAAAUAUAACUUGUAAGUCUGAAUCUGGAGAACUCUCUAAGAUUAAAACCUAUUGAAGAAACUUACCAUUUCCCAAAAGAA